UAGAUACAAAAAGUCGAAAGAGAUAUACAGAUAUAGAGAGAGAAAAGUACAGAUUGAAGCGAGACGACGAUCGAUUGUUUCGGAUUUUGUCUCCAUCAGGAAUCUCCAAGCACAAAGGAUCGAUAUGGGGAGGGGGAAGAUCGUAAUAAGGAGGAUUGACAAUUCGACGAGCAGGCAAGUGACGUUCUCAAAGAGGAGGAAUGGAUUGCUGAAGAAGGCAAAAGAGCUGGCGAUAUUAUGUGAUGCUGACGUUGGUGUUGUGAUCUUCUCUAGCACCGGCAAACUUCAUGAAUUCUCGAGCACUAGCAUGAAGUCGGUGAUUGCACGAUACAGAAGAAGUAAGGAUGAGCAACAAUUGACGAACCCAACCUCUGAUAUCAAGUUUUGGCAAAGGGAGGCUACAAUGCUAAAGCAACAACUACAGAACCUGCAAGAGAGUCAUAGGCAUAUGAUGGGUGAAGAGCUUUCUGGUUUAAGUGUCAGAGACUUACAGGGUUUGGAGAACCAACUUGAAAUGAGUCUUCAAGGUAUCCGUGUGAAAAAGGACCAACUUCUCGUUAAUGAAGUAGAAGAACUUAAGCAGAAGGGGAACUUCAUUCACCAACAAAACAUGGAACUGCAUGAUAAGAUAAACCGAGUUCGAGAAGAAAAUAUGGGAUUGUAUAAGCAGGUUUAUCCAACAAGGGAUGUAGAUGCAGCAAACAAGAAUGUGACAAGUGCACUAAGAAUAACAGAGGAUCCACAUGCCCCCAUUCAACUCCAGCUUUCCAUGCCACAGCAACACAACGCCACUGAAGCACGAAUGCAAUCUACAAAUCUGUCAUUAUAACCUACAUCAGAUAGAUGUAUGAACUGGCAGAAGUUUAUCCUUAUUGAAGAUGUGUGCCUAGUUAUUAAGUUUAUUUCAUAUUUGUGACUGAUCUGCUGACCGCAGACAAUUCAGAAGAGAAUGAACAAAGUAUGGACAAAAUUGAUGGGAACAAAUUUGGCACGUGGGAGGUGACCAAAGAAACCAGAUGCCAACAUCAUGUCCAGAAUACAAGUAAUAAAAAGAGAUGGUCAAAGAAUUGCAUGAGUGGGUGUUAUUGAAUUCCAUAGAUUUGUACUUAUUUUUGAGCUUUUUGACAUGAAAUUAGGACACUCGUACUUGGUUUGUGGUACUCCAUGAAAGGGGAUGUAAAUAGUUCUCUCUUUGAAUACCGUAUAACACUUCUA